AUGUUAAAACAGAAGUUCAUUGAGCAAAAUCAUGGACAAUUGCUGGAACAGUUGGUAUCUCAAAGAACUGGUAUUGCAGAACAAAUGAUCAUAACCUUGGAAGAGCUAAACAAGGCAACACGCAAUUUUGAUAAAGAUCUUGUGGUUGGCGGUGGAGGGCAUGGUACUGUUUACAAAGGGAUUUUAUCGAACCAACAUAUUGUGGCCAUCAAGAAACCAAAGAAGGUUCUUUCAAGGGAGAUUGAUGAGUUUAUAAAUGAGGUUGCCAUCCUAUCACAAAUCAACCACAAAAAUGUCCUAAAACUCUAUGGUUUCUGCCUUGAAACUGAAGUCCCGAUGUUGGUAUAUGAGUUCAUAUCCAACGGGACUCUUUAUGAUUAUCUUCAUGUUGAAGGACCAAUAUCAUUGUCGUGGAACAACAGGCUGCGCAUAGCCACUGAAACAGCCAAGUCGCUCGCCUAUCUUCACACAACUGUGGCAGUACCUAUCAUCCACAGAGAUGUCAAGUCCGCUAACAUACUUUUGGAUGAUACUCUCACAGUAAAGGUAGCUGACUUUGGAGCUUCAAGGUACAUUCCGAUGGAGAAAUCUGGGUUAACAACAAGAGCUCAAGGUACACGAGGAUACUGGGACCCUAUGUACUUUUACACUGGGCGGCUCACGGCGAAAAGGAAUUUGCUCCAGAUAUUAGAUCCACAAGUUAUUGAGGAAGGGGGCAAAGAAGUCCAAGAAGUGGCUGCUAUUGCAACAGCAUGUGUGAAAUUAAGUGGAGAGGACCGUCCAACCAUGAGGCAAGUGGAGUUGAUGCUUGAAGGCAUAUGUGCAUCCGAGGAGCAUAUUUUAGAUAAGGUAGUGGCUAAAAAAGUUUACAAGAAUGGUAUCGAAGUAGGUGUUCAAUCUAAUAAGUUAGUUAGAAAAGUUAAUGAGGGCUCGACAAGACGGUAUAGUAUGGAAGAAGAGUUCAUACUAUCUGCAAGUUAUCCUCGGCAGUCUGGUUUACAAGGGACAUAA